UGCGUUCCUAGCCCUGCAACCCUAGCACAACUACUCCUCCCUCCCCGCCGCCACUCUCUUCUGCAACCGCGUUGCUCUCCUCCGCAUGCUCGUCUCCAGGCCGCUGAUCGCUGGCCAAAACUUCCGUCGCCAUGCUGUGCUUCGUUAUCCCCAGCGCUGCAUCCUCGACGGCGCUCGACUCUCCUUGGUGAGUUCCGCGUCCUCCCGAACAUCUCCCAGGCCGCUCUUCGUUUUUCUUGCCGUGCUACCGGCGUUGAACGCCGCCCUCUUUUCGCAGGACCUCGUCGCCGGCAAAACUCUGGCGUCUACGGUCUACCAGAACGAAGUCCAGCCUUUUCUGUUUCCCGACGCCGACCUCUACAUCAACACCGGUCGGCCGCCCGUCAAGUUUCGCCGCGUGCUGUUUCAUGAUCCUCACCGUCGCCUCCGUUUCGCUGACGAGCUGUUCCGGCAACGUCGCUCCCUGGACCAACCUUCUCCGCCAACGAAGGUCGCCAUUCCAGGCGUUCUCGUCUCCGUCCGCUGCACCGAAGGCCAGCAUCAAAGCCACGCCACGGCCAAGCGCGCAUCCGCCGUCGACGCCUCCAGCCGGCCGGCUCCGUCUGCUCCCGUCGCUCCUCCAUCUGUCGGUAUCUCGUGCAGCAGCAGGCAAAGAGCUGCUUUGUUGGUUCAAUUCGAUGCAGUACGUGAUCUUGACAUGAACUGUAGCUUAGCCCAGCUGGUGAAAAAUGUAUCAGCAGCUGCAUCCCAUUCAAUGUGCUCCCAGGACCCACCUUCAAUCUCCUCGUCUGAUCCCUUCACGUAUUUGCUUCUUCCCGGAUAGGAUCACGAAGUGGUGCGGUGAGAUACGACGAGCUCUCCGGAUGUUCCUCGGCAAGCUUUAACAGGCAAGCAUUUCCCCUAUACUCCUGCCCCUGCAGAAGUCGCUCACCUAUUUUAUUUUGCCUUCUCCCUCAUGCUAUCCUUGAGUUGCGUUCUUGUCACGUGUCCCUUCCACUUGUUACCUCAAGCAGCCUAUAUUGCCUCCACCAACCACCUACAGCUAUUGCUUGGUUAUCGGUCACGCUUAUGCGAGUCGUAGUGCAUGCUAGUGCUGUUUUAUCUCGUUACCGUUACCGCAAUCUUAUCGGGUUAUCUGUUGGGAAAUCAUGACACAUGCUACAUGGUUAUAUCUGUGGAAGUAUCAUGGUUACUUGUUAAUAAUUGUUAAGCGGAGACAUCGGUGGGUCAGUUGCUCGUUUUAUGGCGGCUCACUUGUGUUUCUUUAAAGCUUAGGACCCGAGUUCCUGUUAUCUGUUCCGAGACUGAGCGCUCUAACCACACGUGGGUAUGCUUCUGGGUUUCCCCUCGACCACUGCCGGAAUCUACAGCUUUGUCCAGUGGCCACAACUAGUUUGCAAUGUUUUACCAUUUGUUGUUUGCGUGCAUGCCAGCCUGUUACUUAUUUACUUUGGGAAGCCCCUGGGUGCCUUGUAUCCCUUGUUUCUGGUAUGCACGUAUAGGUCGUGGAGCCUCUGCGAAGUGGUUUAUCACCCCAGUGUGUGUUUAAACCACCUAGCACGUUGACACAGAUAGCUAAGUCCGCUUCGGAGAUACGGCCGGACUUCGAUACGGGUUCAACUUGGUUAGGUGGCUUCCUGGACAUUGUUGUCGUGAAGGAGAGUGUGAGUCGUGAUAUUCACCUGUCGCAAGUGGGUUGAUCGUGCGUGUGGGCACAUUUGGGCACCCCUGCAGGGUUACAUCUUAUCGAUAAGCCGUGUCCGCGGUUAUGGACGACUUGGAGCUGUAUGACUCGACCAUAGACAACUUACACCUGUUGUUUCAAUCAUAAUAACUUGUGUAGUAAGUUAGCACAAUUAUAAUAAUAAAUGGUUAAAACUUGACAACCGUGUGAGUGCCUUUGUAAGUACUUCCUUGCGAGGGGGGAACGCAUCGGCUGUGUUAUGUUUGCAGAGUAUAGAACUGUUAGUUUAUGCGCUCUCUCACCUUCUCUGAUUAGACGACUGUUGUAGAGUGUCUCUAUAGGUCUUUAGUGCUUGCGCGCUGCCGCUUAACCCCACCAUAUUGCCUAUGACGUUCCUCUUGCGUCCUCUAAGUCCCCUGCGUGCCUCAAGUACAAAGGACGACUGGUUGACGAUUGCUUAUACGUCUUGAAGUCUUGUUAAGUACGAACCGUACUUAUUGCUGCUUCUACGGGAUAUAACCGGGCAGGUAUGAAGAUAUGUUUGACGAAGACGACGUUAGCGAGGUUACCCUUCCGGCUUGGCCUGGGCAGGGUUAUGGACGCCAUCGUUUAUCUUCAGGACUCUUAGUCCAAUUUGUAUCUUGUCCGUACUCGGACGUAUUUGAUCUUCUGUAUGAUUUGGAUCUUUGUAUUGUAUAUUUGUAUCUUGACUCGUUGGAGUCGUUGUUGUAAUAUAUCUGUUUCUUGUGGGCUC